AAGAAGUUGUUAUCCAUAAAAUUGCGUCUAUCUUGUCAUCCGCCAACUUCUAAGUAAUGCCUAUCAAACAAGUUACGUGAUGGUGUAUGAAGCAUUCAGUAAAGCUAUGUUGCAAUACGUUGAUGGGAACAAUAUAGGUGUACUAUGUAUAUCCUGGCAUAACUAUUUCAGUGUUGUGGGAAAACCGAUCCAUAAACAGCAAGUGUUUAACAGUCUUCAAUCUCCCGACAGUCAUUUCGGACCGGUACAUGUUGAAUAACUGAGUGUUAAUUCCAUGUAUGAUGAUCAUGUACAUGUCUCUCAGACAGAUCUGUACCGGGCCAUGUACGUUGUAGACAACUGAAAUACUGCCUCCUAAUUGUGUUAUAAGAACACAGUUAAUGGUACCGAAUGUUUGGCUGCUGCCAGGUUCCGUAGCAAGUAUAAAAUCUCACAUGUCAUGCCGAUUUUAUAAUGCUAGCCCACUAAGAUACCAUGCAGUUUAACAUGAAUAUUUUACUCAGACACAUUAUACUGACUCUGAGCAAAACAGUCCUUCUUUUAGCCCCUUAAUGCCGAGCGGCAAUGACAGGGUAACAACAAGUACUUUAUUUUAACGUCGUUUGCGCACGCCGGUCGGACGCUCUACCACUAGACCAUGCAGGCGGUACUGCGAUCUGAAGACGAGCGUUCAUGACCACUGAGGUGUGCGAAAACAAUUAUUACUCGGGGAUGAAUUGUUUGUUUGUUUGCUUGUUUGCUUUGAGACAAACCAAUUAAAACUGAUUGCCUUGAUGAAGUAUUAACUGAAAAACGUAAUUCUUUCUCAAAAACAACAAUCAAGCAACUCAUCCCCGAAUAUUAAAUGGUCCGUAAAACAUGUUUCCGUUUUGUUGUUGUUUAGAUCACAGUGUAUCAAAGGAAGCUGUACAAAGUAAAAAAAGAAUAUUCACGGUGUUGACCUCGCUGUUGUACCACGUUCCCUCUAAGGAAUCGCAGCUUAUUGUUGGAGGGAAGUCACGGCACAGUUAGUAGAUGUGUACCACGUGUUGUUUCAUGAACAGAAACAUGAACAAUUAAAGGUAUUUGCUCGUGGUUGUCUAGUGGUGUAUACACAGAAUAGCACUGAGGAUAUACUAUACUGAUACUGGUAGAAGAUGUAAAGUGGAGAACUACAAAGUGACUACAAACAAUGUAACAACAUGCCUGUAAUUGAGUACCUUACGUCAUUGUUAUAGCUAUGCGUGGUCCCAGCUUACUACACAGGAAGGUAUAUUGAUUAUUGUGUUAAUCAAAAUCAGUAAACACACAACUUAAAUAACUGAGCCACUAGCAUCUCUCAUAUGCUGGUUGGCAGGCAGGAUUAACUGAAGUAUUCCACAAAGAGCAAUAAUUGAUUUGCUCAGUUUCUUCUUGGCAUCAACUGUCACCGACGGUUCUGACUGAUAUUGACGGGAACAAUCGCAGUUGACUCUGACACCUCUUCCUAUUGCUCUAAUACCUCUUCCUAUUGCUCUAAUACCUCUUCCUAUUGCUCUUAUACCUCUUCCUAUUGAUCUAAUUCCUCUUCCUAUUUCUCUAGUAUCUCUUCUUAUUGCUCUGAUACCUCUUCUUAUUGCUCUAAUACCUCUUCCUAUUGAUCUAAUACCUCUUCCUAUUGCUCUAAUACCUCUUCCUAUUGCUCUAAUACCUCUUCCUAUUGCUCUAAUACCUCUUCCUAUUGAUCUAAUUCCUCUUCCUAUUUCUCUAGUACCUCUUCCUAUUGCUCUGAUACCUAUUCUUAUUGCUCUAAUACCUCUUCCUAUUGAUCUAAUACCGCUUCCUAUUGCUCUAAUACCUCUUCCUAUUGCUCUAAUACAUCUUCUAUUGCCCUUAUACCCCCUCCUAUUGCUCUAAUACCUCUUCCUGUUGCUCUAAUACCUCUUCCUACUGCUCUAAUACCUCUUCCUAUUGCACAUUGAGUAGGGCGUUGAACAUGUUACUGAUGAUUCCGUGCAUGCUGGUGACGGUCGCUCAAGGACAUGGACAGAAUAUCAUCUCUGGACAACUCGUGUCUGGUGUUUUCAAAGAGACUCGCGUCCCCAGCUUCACAUUGUGUCAGUCUCUGUGUUGGUACUCCACUCCGUGCAGGUCCUCCACGUUUGCUACAGGGACAGCCUUGUGUCAGCUCAGCAGAGACACCAGGAACACCUCACCUGGCUCCUUCUCUGUCAGCCAGCAUCAUGUAUACUCGGACGCCUUGGCUCCACUUGGACUGAAUUUUGACCACCCCUGCGCGAGUCGACCAUGUCCUGUAGAUGAGGUGUGUGUGCCAACUGAGGCAGCCACGAGCUUCUUGUGUCUGUACGGAGCACUAUCUACUGAUAUACCAUCUGCUUCAACAACACCUGACGCAGUACCUACGACGGUAACAACAGAUGCACCACCAACCAUUGCAACAACUACUGCAGCAACUUCGACUGUAACAACUACUGCAGCACCUACCACUGUGACAACUACUGCAGCACCUACCACUGUAACAACUACUGCAGCACCUACCACUUUAACGACUACUGCAGCAACCACCACUGUUACGACUACUGCAGAACAAACGACGGCAACAACUACUGCAACUACCACUGUGUCAACUACUGCAGCAACUACCACUGUAACAACUACUGCAGCAACUACCACUGUAACGACUACUGCAGCACCCACCACUGUAACGACUACUGCAGCACCUGCCACUGUAACAACUACUGCAACUACCACUGUAACGACUACUGCAGCAACUACCACUGUAACGACUACUGCAGCACCUACCACUGUAACGACUACUGCAUCACCCACCACUGUAACAACUACUGCAGCACCCACCACUGUAACGACUACUGCAGCACCUACCACUGUAAUGACUGCCUCGACUACUACUGAAACAAAUUCAUGUGUGUCGGAGUGUGUUGAUCUCAUCGGGAGCUUUCACUCCUGCUCAGGAGGAUGCGAUGAAUAUGUGGUGUGUUCAGUUAACGGUAUGUUUCCAAAAACCUGCCCGCCAGGUACAGUGUGGGAUGAUAAUAGCAAGUUAUGUAAUUUUCCACCAUCCCCAACAUGCAGUUAGAUGCUCUAAUUCUAGUUAUGCUGCAGUAUUAAACUCACAGCUAUAUCACAGCACCAAGGCAAACACCGUGUCUUCAUCCAAAAAUAACCUACCUACAAGGAUGUAAAAUCAAAGUACACUAGAUAGUGGCAGGCUUUGCAAGCGCGAGAAUACAUCAGUAUCAACUCAAAAUUGGAAAUUGUGCUUGUGCCAAGAGAAUAACUUCCUGUAUUUUUGGAAACAAUUUUAGCCACCAACAUUCUCCGUGCUUGAAGGACUCAAUUCAUCUGAUAGAUACAGAUUCAAAUACACCCACAUAUAAUUGGCAUUUACAGGUGUAACUGAAUAAAAGGAAAUGUGACUGGAGAUUUGAUGAGCCAAAGCGGUGUGUUCCCGAGACGGGGUUGACUGUCAGUUAUGAAACGCCACAUUCUGCAAUGUUCUAGUUAUAUAAUCCAAUCUUUUUUAAAACCUUGUCCAGCUAACCCUUGUGGUGAGCAAUGGUGCAACCAUGUCGUGGCACGUUGACACACAAUCAACCAAAUCAACCAGUUUGACCACUCAACCAAUUUAAUCGCCUCUUGUAACCAGUAAAGGUUGCUGGGGACAAGUUAGAAGCUGGAAUCUCUAAAGUGAUGGUGUCACUUAAUCACUAACUAGGGCCAUGGGGUAGCCUGGUUGGUAAAGGGUUCAGUCGUUGCGUUCAAGACCCGGGUUCGACUCCCUAAAUGUGAAGCCGAUUUCCAGCGUCUCCCCAUAAGCCAUAUGAAUAUGAGAAUGUACCUCUCUGUAAAGUAAUGUACUGUGACUUUCAUCAAUAUG